UGUGUUAAAAGCUUAAAUUAGCUUGUGGAAAAUUAGUUUGUGUUCCCAGGGACAAAUUUUACCCUCCUGUUGCAUCGUUUUGCAGUAACUCCACAUCUGCAAUUUGAAUAUUUUUAACAGUAAACACAAUAUAAAUAAUACUAGAUAUGACAGGCUUUGGGGAUACGCGAGAGUACUUUGAUUUCGUAGCAGCCUGUGUGUGUGUGUGUGUGUUUGUUUACACAAACCAGAGGAAGGAAGAAAACCUGCGGGAUUAGGAUAGUCCAUUUUGGUGGUUGUUGCAUUGCGUAGAACCGAGUUAAAAACUCUUGAACGAUCUGCACUUAGAAACCUGGCCAGAGAGAGCGCAGCGGCGGCGCUUGGUGGAGGAAGUGUAUGCACUCAUUUGAUAAAUUACUUAGCUUCCAGCGGGGACAGACCCCUUUUGCGGUCUGGUUUUAUUAUUCGUCUUUAAUCCCGGGCCAAUCACCAGGUGUAUUCCGAAGGAUUAUUUGUUUCUCGCCAAUUUGUUUCUGAGCACACAGCUUUCAGUCCCUGAAUGAAUUCUACUGAGCAACAUCUUUCAUUAUUUAAAAAAAACCUGAAAAUCCAACUUGCUAUCUGUCCACCAGCUUUUCGCCUCCCCAGAUAAAAAAUAAAGACAUGGAGACAUUCUUCAAAAGACAUUUCAAGAAGUCAAAACCCACCGCAUCUGGUUUCAGGUUGCCGAGCAGUUGCAGGCGGACAGGUAGGCGCUUGAGUGGAGCAGUGCCCGGCAGUAAAGUGAGGCGCCGUUCAAGUGCUGGGAUGCCCUCAGCAAUGCUGAUGCAGAGACGCAGGUCCAGCGUGCAGAUGCACGGGCUGAGCCUUCACUCAGCCUCCAAAGGCAGGAGAGGGCGCCGAAGAUCCAGCACCACUACCCUCCCCCUCAACCCCAGGUAUGCAGUCAAGAAAAGGUGUGAUGGCAAGGUGCGAACUAUCGACACCCACCUGCUUGGGCCCUCCAUGCUGCUGGCCAGCUUGAUUCAGAUGACCGAGGAGGAAGAGGGUGUGGCUGAUGGAGACAAUGAGGCACAUGCUUCGGGGAUGGCCAUCAGCCUUGACCACAAGGACAACAAGUGCUCUUCGGGAGAGUCAGGUGCCUUUCAGUCUUCAUCCACGGGUAGUAGCUGGAGUGAGCUAGAGCAAUUGGACAGGAAGAUGGGCAGUUGCACCCUUUCUAAGGUUUCAGAGACAUUCCAACCCUCAGCUUUGCACUACAGGCCAGCCUACACCAAACGUUUGAUCAGGGCUCCUCGCUGUUUGAGACGGAACUCUUCUCAAGCCCUUUCCGCAGAGUCAGACGCUCCUGGGUUAUGUGGAGGCUACAGGACUUUGAGUCAGCGCCGGCAGUCAAGUGCUUCCCGGGUACAAGCAGCAGCCUCCAAGCCUACCGCACCACAUGGUUCCCGAAUGGGGAGCAGACGGCCCUCACUGAAUGUCAGGAGGGCCUCCUGCACUUAUCUUCCACCACGCUGGAGGCAUGGCGUACGCAGAAACUCACUUAGUUUGAUGCACAGGAAGUACCCGGCUAAGCACCCUACAGCAUGGAGCAACUUCCUGUCAAAAGCUAUUGCAAAGUCAGGAUUACAGCACCUGGUAGCUCAGCCAAACCCAAGCACUGUCCUUCGGCACAACGCUGACCGUGAAGUGCGCAGCACAGUAGAUUGGACGGAAAAUGCACUGUAUGGUGAACAUGUUUGGUUCGAGACCAAUGUAUCUGGAGACUUCUGUUACGCUGGGGAACAAAACUGUGUUGCAAAAUUGCUGCAGAGAUCGGUGUCACGGAAGAAAUGUGCUGCUUGCAAGAUCGUGGUUCACACAGUCUGCAUUGAGCAUAUAGAGAAAAUAAAUUUUAGAUGUAAACCAACAUUCCGGGAGUCUGGAUCACGUAAUGUUCGAGAGCCCACGUUUGUCCGGCAUCAUUGGGUUCAUCGGAGGCGGCAGGAAGGGAAGUGCAAGCAGUGUGGCAAGGGUUUCCAGCAGAAGUUUACAUUUCAUAGUAAGGAGAUUGUAGCAAUCAGCUGUUCCUGGUGUAAACAAGCAUAUCACAACAAGGUGACCUGCUUCAUGCUACAGCAGAUUGAGGAGCCCUGUACACUGGGUGCCCACGCUGCAGUCAUUAUUCCACCAACAUGGAUCAUUCGGGUCAGGCGGGCUCAGAAUUCACUGAAAUCAAGUAAAAAGAAAAAGCGAACCUCUUUUAAAAGGAAGUCCAGUAAGAAAGGAGCUGAGGAAGGAAGAUGGAGGCCUUUUAUCAUAAAACCCAUCCCCUCUUCACUGAUGAAGCCGUUAUUGGUGUUCGUUAAUCCAAAGAGUGGGGGAAAUCAGGGAGCGAAGAUUAUCCAAUCAUUCAUGUGGUAUCUGAAUCCAAGACAAGUGUUUGAUAUGUGUCAGGGAAGUCCAAAGGACGCGUUGGAAUUAUACCGAAAGGUUCAGAAUUUACGAAUUUUGGCCUGUGGAGGUGAUGGGACUGUGGGUUGGAUUCUUUCCAUUCUGGAUCAAUUGCAGCUGAACCCUUCCCCUCCAGUUGCUGUACUUCCUUUGGGAACAGGGAAUGAUCUUGCCAGGACCCUAAAUUGGGGUGGGGGAUAUACAGAUGAGCCAGUUUCCAAGAUCCUGUCCCAUGUGGAAGAUGGAAACAUUGUGCAGUUAGACCGAUGGAAUCUGAGUGUGGAAAGAAACACAGACGCAGUUCCAGAUGAGCGCGAUGAAACAGCAGCUGAAAAGCUUCCACUUGAUGUUUUCAACAACUACUUUAGCCUUGGCUUCGAUGCACAUGUGACUCUCGAGUUUCACGAGUCCAGAGAGGCUAAACCAGAGAAAUUUAGCAGUCGAUUUUGGAAUAAAAUGUUCUACGCUGGGACAGCAGUUUCAGAUUUCUUAACGGGAAGUUCCAAGGAUUUGGCCAAGCAUAUUAAGGUGGUGUGUGAUGGGACAGACCUGACAUCAAAAAUUCAAGAUUUAAAACUACAGUGCAUUGUCUUCCUGAACAUUCCAAGGUACUGUGCUGGCACUGUGCCAUGGGGAAAUCCAGGUGAACAUCAUGAUUUUGAGCCACAACGUCAUGAUGAUGGGUGUAUCGAGGUGAUUGGCUUCACAAUGGCAUCUUUGGCUGCUCUGCAAGUUGGUGGACAUGGGGAGCGUCUCAACCAGUGCCGUGAAGUGACGCUAACGACAUACAAGUCGAUUCCGAUGCAGGUUGACGGGGAGCCGUGCAAGCUUGCACCGUCCAUCAUUCGGAUCUCAUUGCGGAACCAGGCUAACAUGGUACAGAAGACCAAGAGGAGGACAUCCAUUCCCCUGCUCAAUGAUCAGCAGACGAUAUCCGAACGGCUGAAGAUAUGUGUGAAUCGGAUCAGCAUGCAUGACUAUGAAGCCUUGCAUUACGACAAGGAGAAGCUGAAAGAAGCCUCUGUGCCCUUGGGCAUCAUUGUUGUCCCUGGAGACAGUGACCUGGAGAUCUGCCGCACCCACAUUGAGAGGCUUCAGGAGGAUUUCCCCCUGGUUCAUCCCUCGCUCCAGCAUCUGAUGUUGCAGGAAGAUGAUGGCACCAAGUCUAGAACCUUAUCUUCACAGAAGCUGUCCCCAAAAUGGUGUUUUCUGGACUCCACUACUGCCGACCGGUUUUACAGAAUAGAUCGAGCGCAGGAGCACUUGCACUAUGUGACUGACAUUUCCCAAGAUGAACUCUUCAUCCUGGACCCAGAGCUUGUAAUCACAGAAACGGUGGGAACGUCGCCAGGAAUGCCUGAUUUAGUUGGAUCAUCUGACUCCUUUGCCUUUCCAUCUUCCUCCUCACCGCCAUUGUCGCCUGUCCCCAGUCCUACCAGCCCUCACUCUGACAGUGAAGCCCUUACCAGACGCUACAAGAAGUCUCUCUUCUCCUCACACUCUGGCUUUCCCUUUCCUGUGAAGAAGAGGAUCUUGGAUUUGCAGAAAGCUUCCCAGAGGAAGCGUAUUUCUAGCGACAGCUCGGUUGCUGAGGUGCUCGCCCACAGUGAAUCACUCAGAGUCUCAAAGCCUCUGCUCAGCAGGACAGAUGCCAAGGUAGCCAGUGUACAUCGAUCGAAUACAACAGCAGCCGACUUUAAGCCAAUGUCUAAAGUGCCUGCAGCGCAGGGACCAACUCCAACGCAGUCAGCAUCAAUGUCAAGACCUGAGGAUGCCAGCACAUCAAGUGCAAGUUCAGAUGAGAGCCUUCUUCAUGCAGUGAAGAACAACGACCUACAGCAGUUACGAGAGCUGCAGAAAUCAGGUGCUAAUCUACUGGUGCGCGAUUCGUCGGGACAGACCCUCCUGCAUCAUGCUGUCAGCGAGGGAAACAAAGAGAUUGUGAAAUACAUCCUAGACAAUGCCUCUCCAGAGAUCCUGGACUUAACAGAGACAGAGAAUGGAGAGACUGUCCUGCAUAAAGCAGCUGCACUCCGACAUCGAACCAUCUGCCAUUUUCUAGUGGAAGCUGGGGCAUCCCUAAUGAAGACAGAUUUACAGGGGGACACGCCAAAAAAUAAAGCUGAGAAAGCCAAGGACCUAGAGCUGGCAGCCUACCUGGAAAACCGUCAGCACUACCAGAUGAUUCAGCGUGAGGAUCAGGAAACGGCUGUGUAAUCCCUGGCCGCGAGGAUGGCGAUGAAUCUCUCCCUCCUCUCCUGCCAGCUCCCUUCCACCCCACCCCAUCCUAGACCGUGCAUGCCUGCUGCCAUUUGUGACAACAUGGGGGAUUGCUGGCAACCCAAACGUUAGACCGGUCUGUGAAUGUCUGUGUUUAUUAUUACCCGGCCCCCUUCCUCUCCAUGCACCAGUGCUUAAGCCACAGACUGGAGCAUCAGAAGCCACAGUUUAAAAAGGCAUCAUGCCAGUUACUGCUUGUAAGCAGAGUCCUGAGGCAGUAGCAGCCAACAAGUUGUGUCUUGGUGGUGCAAAUAGGUGGAUAAGGUCAAGGGUUUUUAAUGAGGUUGUGUAGCCUCGACACUCACGUUAACUUUGUGAUGUUAAAUUACAUCCAGCUCAUGUGGCUUUAUGUACUUGGGACAAGCCCUCUGCUGUUGUCAUUGCCUGAGUGGUAGCAGAGGUAAUGAUAGCUGCAAAGCGAAUGCUCACUACCUUGUGAAAGGGCACGGUUUCUAGUGCAGGCUGAAAUAUUUAAUGUGGAAUCUGAUCACUCAGUGGCUGCCUUUGUAGAAGAAGACUACGUGGAAAAACUGCUCUAUAUUAGAACUUCUUAUCAAGAUGAUGCACAAUGUUAACUCAGAGAAGUCUGCUGCAAACUUACCAUCCGUUAAGGGCUUCUGUAAUGUUUACAGUGGGCAGGGCGGGUUUGCGAUUUAGUGACGUUGCAUCCAACAUCCAUUUACGGUUACUGGGGUGCAGGGCAGGAGACGGGAGCUGCUUUACAUCUGCAGGGUUAGAGAGGACUGAGAGAGGAAGAUGUAAGAGUGGCUGUUUUUUCUCCUGACAUCCAGGCUGUAAGCAGCUAAUUGAUUUGCUGGCUAGGAAUGGAGGCAGAUAUUUAAUAAAUACCCUAAAUAUGGUUGAUUUUAUUUGUUUUAAGUGAAACACUGUUUUCUUGUUUACUUUUACAUGGGCAUUUAGGGGGAAUAAAGUUUUCUUUUAAUGUUGUAGAUGAAAAAUUUCAGACAGGCAUUUAAAGACUUGCAAUCACCAUGCUAUAUAUGUUUUAGUGAGAACAGAGUCUUUGGCAAAAAGACUUAAAAGGGAAAUAGCUCUCUUUUGUCUCAUUCAAUGUACAAAAAUUCAAGCCGGUUAUAUGAGGGAUUUUUCAAGUUGGCACCAAGGUUUUUUGGUGAGGCCGAUAUUUUCUUGGCUUGUGUUGCUCACUGAGUCAACUGAAAUGUGACAGUCUGUAACCUGCCAGUUGCCACACUCUGGGCUGGUCCCAGGUUGCAUUGGCAGUCUGUGCAAUCUGCUGUUCAUCUGGGCUAAAUGAUGGCUUCAGAACCAUAGGGGAAAGAACAGCCAAAAACAAACAGCCAAGAUUCCCUUCCCUGGGUCAUCGCUGCACCAAAUGCUGCCACAUUAAGCAUGAAACCUUUCUUCAAUUCCUCAAAGAGAAUGUACACUUCAAACAGAUAAGCUGAAUGCUGUGUUGCGAAUCCCCAUGACAGAGGACCAAUCUGUAUGUAAUUUGGUUAGCUUUUAACUUGAUUCCUGUGCAACUUCAUUCUGCAGCACCUUACCAAUGAAUCCUUCUUCAAAUGAGAUAAUAUGGGAUCUUGUGGCAAGGAAUAUUUUUGAUAGUCUUUCAAAAUCCUAAUUGGAAUAUUUACUAUGCUUUCAAAAAACGUAUGCACUCCUGGAUUUGAGCUUUUCAGAAAGAAAACACAGCAUUGAACUGAUGCAGUCAGCAAUUUCAUUAUUUUACUAAAGUCUUUUGUUUACGCAGAGACUCAGGUUUCCCCAAAGGGCUUUAUGAACAAUGCCGAGUUUUUAAAACUGUUGAGUUACAGAUGGCAUUGAAGGAGAACCUUGGGCAGGAAAUUUCCAGAAACAGUGACAGUGACCAGAUAAUCUGCUUUAGUGUUGAUUGAAUAAUAAACCUUUGCCAGGAUUUUCAAGGAUAACCCCUGCAGUAGGAUCUCUUGUGAGAAGGCGGUUGGGACCAGCAGCUUACUGCUUCUUUACAAUAGGAGAUAUCCGACAGUGGGCAAUCCUGCAGAGGAACUGCUUUGCUGGAAUGUCAAUGCAGACUUUUGUAGUCAUGACUCUGGAGUGAAAUUGAAACCUAUCUUUUAGUCCACAUGAAGGGUCUCAACCAAGGCGUUGACUGUUUCCCUCCAGAAACGCUGAGUCGCUAUUAACUUGCCUUUUGCUUUAGAUUCCAGCAUUGACUGUUUCUUGUGUCAUGAGGUCAAGAGAGCUACUAACUGAGCCACAGCUGCCUCUCAUUUAUUGAGGUCCUUUUGUCAAUAGGUGUUCCAUUUUCAGAAAAGCUCCUCCCCUGUGCUCCCACAAAACAGCAACAGAAAAAAUGGUGAAUGAACAGAACAUGGAACUUGAAGAUAUCUGAAGGUUACACGGAUUUAAUGGAGCACUUUUACCCCCUUUGCUUCCUUUAGAUCUAUCCCUGAGAAGCUUUUGGUCACCCAUCAUAGCCCGCACUCCCCCCCCCACCCCCAAAUCUAUCUCCUUGUUUUGCUUUCCACAUCUCCUUGGGUUCCUCUGUUGGGUCAAAGGUGAUUGUUGCUGUUGAGAAUGAUGGCUUGUGAAGGGAGAUGACAGGUGGUAAGUGCUUGCCCUGAGAUCAGUCAGAUGUGAUUGCUUUUAGAUCCUGCAGGCUCACCCACGAAGUCUAAUGGACUCAGUUUCAAAAAGGUCUCUUUAACUCAGCAUGGUGGAGCAGUGUCUGUUUAAACUAUAUAUUAGGAUGCUCAAUCUUGCACACUGGUACUGUAUAUAUUGUAUUGUCAAGCAAGGCCUUAAGUCAACAGAGAUGGAUUUUCCUAACAAAAUGUCCAAUUUUGUAAAUGGAUAUUUGAUUCUGAAAUUUCUAUUAAUUGCUUUAAAUUAAUAUAUAUUGUAUGAUUUGACUUCAACAGAACACCAAGUUAGUACUGUUGUAGGAUAAGUGACAUUAUCAUUACAUUGAAUUAUUAUAGGAAAAAAAAAGCAGAGAUGAUUAUAUCUUUUACUUCAGUGGAAUGGAUAAGUGGAACGGUUACUUUACAGGCAGCUUAUGCGAAGUUGUCAGUCUUUUUUACCGCCAAAAAUUGAAAUUACCUUCAGUGUUUUUACGUACACUUGGAACAGGUUUAAAGUACAAAUGGUUUACAGUCACUGACCUUACCUGGAAAAGUAGCGUUGUGCUAGGAGGAAGGAGGAUUAUGAACCCCGCCACACCAUCCUUGAAACUAACACCCAGGACCUCCUAAUUCCCACAGGAAGAAAGUGGAACUCUACGUGAGCAGAAUGGAGACAGGCGGCUCCAACCUCUGCUGUCAUCUGUGUAAAUAUGUCCUUUGAACAAAACAUUUCUGUCUGGUUGUAAAUUUUCCAGAAUAGUACAAUUAUUGUAAUAUUCUAGUGAGGUUAUGUUGACGUAUCUGAUGGUUUACUAUCUGUGACUAUUUUUGUGUAUAAAUUACUACAAGCUCUUUUUUUUGUAGAUUGAUAUAACUUCAAAUAUUGGCAGUUGUUUUUUAUAUUUGCAUUUUGUGUGCGUGUGCAUUUUAGAAACAAAUGCCUUGAUUUGCCUGUCGUCGAGUGCAUUGGAUGCAGCUGCCUCGGUCCUACUUGAAAAUGUGAGCCAAGUCCCAGGGUGUUCUUCACUGAAGCAGUGUAUAGCCUUUAAAUCAACAUGUUGCAUGUCACAUGUUUCCAGAAUCAGAUAGUAUAAAAGGAUAGGGUUACCUCACAAAAGAAUACAUUUAAGAUUAAUACCCUUUGUUUUCUGAAGUCUCUCAAGAAAAAAAAGUGAUUUAGGGGUGUGAAUUAAAUGGUUAAUUUUUUACUGCACUGAUGUUGAAUGAGUCCUCCCAUCUUAAUAAUGACCUGCUAAUCACUCUGUAUAGUAAUGUCAUAUGAUAACCACUUCUCUUAAAUUUCUGUUUCUGUUCUAAGGACGAUAUUAAUUUAUUUUAAAAUGAGAGCCUGCAUUAGAGAAUUUAGAUUCCAAUAUGUUUUACAAUACUGUUUCCAGAAUAUUGGUUUUGAGGGAAUGGAUUCACAUGUUAGUAUGAACUAGUCAGUCAACACUAUAGACUGUAAAUGGCUUUCUAAUAUAUUUUACCGCUUUUAAAGUGCCUUAAUUUCUCCGACUCACAGUUGCUGCUUUUUCUCCAGUAUUUAAAUUAAUAUACCGCCACCCAACAGUCCUGCUGAUAGGAUCUGUCUUUUGACAGCCAAGCCAAUUUCCUUUUUUUUACUGCAUAAGGAUUCCCAACCAAAAGGUAGGCUCAUUCCCAGUACCUCUAGGGAAUAAAUAGAGCAAUAGGAAAAAUGUACGAGAGGUAUGACAGAAAAUGAGAAUAUUUCCAUACCUGGAAAUUUAGGGAAUCAAAGUUAAAGAUUGGGAGUAGGUAACAAGGUUGAACUAUGUAUCGGAUACUGACCUUCAACUUGUAAGGUCAAACUCAAUCUCUAUAUGUUUGGGGCACAGGAUUAGAUAGUUUUCUGGGGCACUGGUCCAGUUUUAAUCAGUUCAAGUAGAGGCCGUCAUUACAAAAUGUUACCUGAUUUCAGCACUACUAGAAAUCUCAGGAUGAGGAAAUCCCAGUGCAGGAGAUCAUAAUUGAGUAGGUGCUGAAUUGUGUCAGGUGCGGGGAAUUCACUCUGCACUUAUAAAUAGAAAAACUAAUUUGACAGAGUGUUGACACUGGGUGUUCCAUCACCUACCACAAUCCCACUUUGAUGAAUUAAGCAUAUAAAAUGAUUAAGAUCCUCAAGACAGUCACUUGAGAUCAUGGUAAUAUGGCAGAAGUGGAUGGACCUGUAGACUUAUUUUGGGGAAGACCUGAAAACCAUUAACCAUCAUCAUGCAAACUGCUCCUGGAGCAUUAAGCCAUUGAUAACUGAUAGAGUGUUAGUCCUAACAAUUCACCCUGCUACUAAGUGAUAGAGAGCCAAUCAUAAGCCUUUGUUGAGUUAGUAACACUGCAAUUUAUGCUCCAUUUCCCAUCAAUUUGCAGGAUAUGAAUCAACAGACCUAGCUACUUUUCUCAUACUAGGAACAUUACUAGCUUUUCUUUUGUGGGUCUUUUUGUAAGUAGAGAUCUGGAGGGCUAGAGUGGUUGUAAAUAUUGGCCAAAAUCCCUACUCCUCCUUAACCAGUCCAACUGUUUGACAUACUAUAAGAAUAGAAAUAGAAUUAGGCCAUUUAGUCCAUCAAGCCCCCUGGGGAUUUGAGAUGGUUUUGACCAGGUCAUAUGACCUAUUCUCUAAUGGGAAUUAUUUAAUGACUUCUUUAAUGAGAACUUGCUUACAUUUUUAGGAGUUUGCCAUUUUGCAAAGUACAAGGUUGAAUGGAAGGAAUUUUUUUAAGUUUUAGCCUCAUCUCCCUAUCACCCUCCUGGAUCCCUAUAAACAAUGGGAACAAGUGAACUGACAAAGUGACAUUAGGGAUAUCACUUUCAUUUUAGAGAAUGUGGUUUGUGUUAGAAUGAAAUCUUCAGAUAGGACAGUUAAGAUAUGACAAAAGGUGGCACUAAUAGCUGGUGUACAUGAAGCGUGGAUGGCAAUAUCAUUGCUGACUUAGUGAGCAACAAGCUGGGACUGGUAUAAAUGUCCUUUUACAGGGUUGCAUAUAAAUGGAUUGGAUUUUAUUUGCAUCAGACUGGACCAAUAAAAAGAAACAAAAA